GUUUAGUUACGAAGCCCCCAGGUGAAUCCCUAUAUUUUGUAGUGUCCAUCCUGCUGUAAGCCGACCCUGCUGAAAAGAAAACAACCACUUCAAUAGUACGCGAUUAAAGCUGAUGAGUUAUAGAGAGCAUGACCGCUAACCCGUGCAUAUUCUGUUUAGAUGAACAGCGAAAUCCUCGCAUUAUAUCCUGCGGUCACUCCUUCUGCGCGGAAUGUUUUGAGCGGUACAUGCAAAUCGGUCGCGACACGCGUUGUCCGCUCUGUCGUCGCGACUUCCGGCUUAACUUUGCCCCCUCUCAUCAUAACUCGGCACCGGACGGAUCCUUGCCUGCGACCUUGCCCUCGGAUUCGGCCGAGGCGGACCCCGACACGCUGAUCCUGACCCUGACGGAGCAGGAAUGCCGGCUCUUCGAUCAACUUUACCGGGAAGCCCAGCUGGGAUGCUGAUUUUUCAAAUGUGCUUUUUUCUGUCUGUUUUAUA